GCAUGCAUUAAUUAUUAGUGCCAAAAAUGGCUGAUUCUUCAUAAGAUAUGUCUACUUCCUUUUCAGUAAUAACUUCCUAAUUAAUCAAAAUAUCUUCUUAUAUGCUCAAAACCAUAAUGGAAGAAUAUAUUAUUUAAGCUUUUCCAGCUUAUACAUUAAGUUUUUCCAUAAUCUCGAUUCUUUUAUUCAGUUACGAUGUGAAAAAAGGAAUUUAAAUUCGACGAAAAAGCACUUCACAUGCGUAACACAAUUACGGUUCAAAGUUCCUUAGGUUUGUCCUAAUAUGGAUAUUAAUCAUUCUUGCUUACCAGCUAAUUUCCUUGUUUAGAAAUUGCUUCAUAUUCCCAUAGGCAUAAAUUCGCAAACUUUUUUUUUCUGUUUUCUGCAACGAAUAUCGAUAUCAGAUCAUCAAGAGAUUUAAGGGUUUGAUUCAAUGUAGUCAUGUAGAUGCCGUAAUUUACAACGAAUUCUCGUCUUUAUUUAUUCGUAAUCGAUUUUUUUUUAUGAAUUAAUUUAUGGGAUUAUUUUUUUUUUGUUGCAGGAGGAAAUUACGAGCCCGUUUGGAGCUCAAAUGUUCGAUUUUUACGAGUCAGAAUUAUUUCCGGAAACCCUACAAAAUUCGGAAGUUGCUUCAAGUUCGAAUUGCUGCUAUGAAGAGCACUCUUCGUAUCAAACACCUCUCGACACAAACAAUUACCACAACAAUAAUAAUACAUUAGAUAAUAACGAUAUGAACUCCGCCGGAGGAGGCGGCGGCGCCGCCGGACCUACAACUCCGGCUGCCGCGGAUGCCGCCAGCAACCUUUCAGUAUUUCUGGAAGAAUACCAGAUAAACAACAACGACAUAUCAGCGUCUAUAGAUUUUACACUUUCUCCGUCGUCUUUUCCGGUCGUCGCUCAAUACCCGGAACCCUUUUCACUGAACAACCAUACCUCGUUCGCCGGAGAUGCUGCAGAUAUCGGGCAGCUGUACACCUCCCACCAAUACACGCCGCCGGAGCAGCGGCAGGUGUUGGGGCCUCCAGCGAGUUUUAAAGAGGAGCUCAUGAUGCGUUGUGUGCCGCCGUCGUUCAUCCACCUGAGGAGUUCUUCUUCUCCGGCGGGCGGCGGGAGUCCGUUUGACCACAUGAUGGGACCCAGCUAUUUGCCGCCGUCGGCGGCGGCGGCGCCGCCGUUCGCGGCGUUCGAUAAUAGUUUGUUUUUGGGAAGCGACCAAGAGUUGGAUUUUCAAGGAGAUAAUAUUGGUGGACUCUUUUUACAGGAUUCCAUGGCCAGGGUUUUUAAUUUCUCCAGCGGCGAUCUUCAGUUAAGCGGCGGCGGCGGCGGUGAACAGAGGCAGCAGCAGAAUAAUAUGGUACAAGGUAGUCCGAUAAGUACAAAUCUGGUAACAGAGAUUUCGGGUCUGGAAGAUCCGAGUUUUAAGGUUGGUAAACUCUCUCCUGAAGAAAGGAAAAAGAAGAUCCAUAGAUAUUUGAAGAAACGAAAUGAAAGAAAUUUCAGCAAGAAAAUCAAGUAUGCAUGCCGGAAAACGCUAGCGGACAGCCGGCCGAGGGUAAGAGGAAGGUUCGCGAAAAACGAUGAACUAGCAGAGCUUGCAAGAAAUGCAUACACAAACCAUGGUGAUGACACAGAUGAUGACGUGGUGAAAGAAGCAGAAGGAAUGGAAUCGGCAGAUAUGUUUGCACAGAUAAAUGGAGUAAAUAGUUCAUUCAAAAGCAAUUAUCCAAUCCAGUCUUGGAUUUAAUUGACCUAAUUUUAUUUAACUAUUUUUUUUUUUAUUUAUACCAAAUUAAUAUUAUAAUUUAAAUCAUCAAAUUAAAUAGUGGAAAAGCUCGGUUGUUAGCCUUUGUAUUGGGCUAGUAGUUACUAUGAUAGUUUGCAAUUUUGUUAAUAGUAAAUUGUGUGUAUCACUAUUUUAUAAAUCUUAGCAAUCAAUUUUGUAUUGAUACUAUUUACUAUUACUUUCAAACAACAAUAAUAUUAUUUUAUUUAUUUCUCUAGAAUUGAAAUAUAAA